GAAAGCUGGGAGCUGUCGUACGGAGCGGAAGAAAGAACGGCUGGUAAACCGUCCAAAUAAAUUUGGUGCUUGCUUCAUUCUCUUUCUUUGCUUUGUACUUGUAUUUUUCUUAAAGCAAUCAUGAGAGUAAUGGCAACAUUGAGAAGUAAAUUGUUGAAUACAGUGAUGGAUCCGGUUCCCACGAGUACGCAAAAAGUCACCGUGGUCGGUGUAGGUAACGUCGGUAUGGCUUGUACCAUCAGUCUUUUGACAAAAAAUAUUUCGAGCGACGUGGCGCUGGUGGAUAUGCAGGAGGACAAACUGAAGGGAGAGAUGUUGGAUCUACAGCAUGGCAGUUCAUUCUUGAAGAACGCAAAAAUCAGCGGGAGCACGGAUUACUCUGUCACGGCGAAUUCGAAGGUGUGCAUAGUGACAGCCGGUGCUCGUCAAAAGGAAGGCGAGACGAGGCUGGAUCUCGUUCAAAGAAAUACAGAUAUUUUCAAAAAGAUUAUUCCCGAGUUGGUGAAAUAUAGCCCGAACACGAUCCUUCUUAUCGUCUCGAACCCGGUCGAUAUUCUUACCUACGUUGCGUGGAAACUUUCCGGCCUUCCGCAGAAUCAAGUGAUAGGAAGUGGGACCAAUUUGGACUCGGCCCGAUUCCGCUUUCUCUUGUCGGAGAAACUGAAUGUCGCCCCUACAUCGUGCCACGGUUGGAUGAUCGGGGAGCACGGAGACUCGUGCGUACCGGUAUGGUCGGAAGUGAACAUAGCCGGAGUGAGAUUGCGCGAUCUGGACGAAACUGUUGGCACAGAAUACGACAAGGAAAAUUGGAACGAGUUGUAUAAAAAAGUCGUUGGAUCCGCUUACGAAGUUAUCAAGCUAAAGGGUUACACAUCGUGGGCGAUUGGCCUGAGCGCUGCCCAAAUCGUCUCUUCCAUAUUGCGAAACACGCAACAAGUUCAUGCCGUGGCCACCCUGGUUACCGGUAUUCAUGGAAUCAAAGAUGACGUGUUCCUGUCGUUGCCCUGCACAUUGGGCGAAAACGGUGUCAACACUAUCAUUCAACAAAGCUUAACGGAGAAGGAGACGCAGCUUCUGCAAAAAUCGGCUCAGACGAUAUACGAAGUGCAAAAAGAUUUGAAUUUAUAAGUAAAUUCGCGUCUCGUGAAUAACAACUUUCACUCUCUAAAUCCGUUCAUCGUUUGUUGAUUCAAUUUUACGCGUAUUUAUACGUGCAAACUAUUGUUUUUUUAAAAACACAUUUUGUUUCUACAUUACAUUUACU